AUUAAAGCUUUUGGUUUGUCAUCUUGAUUUCUUAUUGGGUGGGGAGAACGAGUUUAUUGAAAAGCUAUUGUUCCUCUGGAACUGUAUUUGGACAACAGUAUUAAGAUAGGAUAGGACCAACUGGGUAAGCCAUGAAUGGUUUUGAUUCAUCUGAAGUUGCUUAAGUUGGCAUUAGUGGGUAGCAUUGUCAAUGUAAAAUGUGUUAUUUCUUUUUGAGGCUAGCAUUUUUCACUCAAUGCUCUGAUUUGGCAUUACUAUUGUGAGUGUACUUGUGAAUGAUAGAAGAUAGUAUUACAUUUAGGGCCUGUUUGGUAUGGUGGUCUAGAGGUAGCGGUUAGUGGUUUUACCCAAGCCGCUAAAAAUAGGUGUUUGAUAAACUUAUUUAUUUCGAAAUUGCUACAAACUAAGUGUUUGGUAAAACCUUUUAUUUAGCAACUUGAGACUAGUGGAUAUGCUGACUUAGCCAAUAUGGGUUAUUAAUUUAUUAUGGCAUACUUGGUUUCUGUUGAUUGUCAUGGAUCUAUAUGGUUAAAGUUGAAAAUAAAAGAAAAGAAUAACCGACACCAACACCCGCUAGCUAGCAGACUAAGAGCAUAUUUGGUACAGCUGGUGGGAAGUCCUUUUGGACUCCAAAAUCUCCAGUUGCAUCAAACACUACAACUUGUGAAAAAUGCUACAACUUCUCACAAAUUUGUCUUUUGUCCAUUUCAUUGCAAAUCUUAGAAGCACCGAAUUGGUGCUGCAGGAGCAUCUCAUUUGGGUUUUAAUGAAAUUAACAUAUUAUUCUUAUUUUAUUUUUAUUUUUCUUUCUAUUUACAAAAACAGCACUUCUACGACCGUUUCUUUCCAACAGAACUAUUAAAAGCUUCAGCUACACCAAACGGGCACUAAAUGUGUACAAAGAAUUUAAGAAAAAUAAUCCAAGUUCGUCGUGGAAAAAGAUUUUUAUCAUUGCUUUUUGCUUAGGUAUUCCUAGGAAGAAUUAUUGGUAGAGCUUUAGAAAAGGAUUUGACCUGACCUUUUCCAAUUUCCCACAAUUGCUUAAGUAUUUAAUCCAUGUUCAUCAUAGAAAAAGAUUUAUCAUUUCUGUCUUUGGGCUAGCUACUUUACAGAUUCGAGCUGCUUGGAUUCAACUAUGUUGAUGAAUGAUAGGAGAUUACCCUUCUAGAACGUCAAUGGAAGACUAGGACAGCAAAGGAUAAGCAUGGUCUUUCAUCUAAGGGUUUCCUACUUUCCUCCAGGGAUUUAUGUAUACUUUUGUAUUAUGUAAUGUUAUGUAAAGUAAUGGAUUGGGUAGUGGUUGGUAUGACUACUAUUUGGAAAAGUUGCACUAUAUAUAUAGCAACUUUAUCUUUUGGAUACCAAUAUAUGACAUUUGAAUGG